GAGAUAAAGUCAUAAACCCCUUGAAUUUUCUUACUUCUUUUCUCGGUUCGGAGUAAACCUCUUGAACUUGAAGCUGCUUCAAAAUCUCAUCGGUGCUGAGAAAUUUUUCCGAUCGGUCAUCUCCGCUCGGAAACGCAUGGAUUCCGCCGUCGCGAUCGUGGUGUCGUCGCUCCUGGUCGGAGCUGCGAUCGCUCUCAUUUUCUUCGGCAAUUACUUCCGCAAGCGAAGAUCCGAGGUUGUGUCCAUUGCCAAAGCGGACCUCCAACCACAUCCCAAGAACCCGUCGAAGCCUCCUCAGCCCGCCUCCAAGAAGAUUCACGCCAAGUCCCACGCUCAUGGCGCUGAUAAGGAUAAACACAAGAGGCAUCAUCAUUUGGAUCUGAAUACUUUAAAAGGUCAUGGCGAUUCAGUCACAGGGCUAUGUUUUGCUUCUGAUGGACAAAGUUUGGCAACAGCUUGUGCUGAUGGUGUUGUAAGGGUGUUCAAGUUGGAUGAUGCAUCAAACAAAAGUUUUAAAUUUCUGAGGAUUAACUUGCCUGCUGGAGGCCAUCCAACUGCUGUUGCAUUUGGUGAUGAUGUAUCAUCGGUAAUUGUGGCAUCUCAAAAUUUGUCUGGUUGUUCUCUGUAUAUGUAUGGAGAAGAGAAGCCUAAAAAUUCAGACAGCGAUAAGCAGCAGACUAAGCUACCUAUGCCUGAAAUCAAGUGGGAGCAUCCCAAAGUUCACGAGCAGAGAGCAAUAUUGACCCUUUCUGGGGCUACUGCAAAUUAUGACAACGGCGAUAGGAGUACAAUAAUUGUAUCUUGUUCAGAAGGAACUGACAUCAUAAUUUGGCAUGCAAAAACUGGGAAGAUAUUGGGGAAUGUCGAUACAAAUCAAUUGAAGAACACUAUGUCUGCUAUCUCACCCAAUGGCCGUUUUAUUGCUGCUGCAGCUUUUACCGCCGAUGUUAAGGUCUGGGAGAUUGUUUAUUCAAAAGAUGGUUCUGUGAAGGGAGUUACAAAAGUCAUGCAGCUUAAGGGACACAAGAGUGCAGUGACUUGGUUAUGCUUCUCUCCAAACUCAGAACAAAUAGUUACAGCAUCAAAGGAUGGCUCUAUAAGAAUUUGGAAUAUCAAUGUUCGAUAUCACCUUGAUGAGGAUCCAAAGACUUUAAAGGUGUUUCCAAUCCCAUUGCACGAUUCAGGUGGUGCUACUUUACACUAUGAUCGCCUCAGUCUAUCCCCUGAUGGAAAGUUACUGGCAGCAACCCAUGGUUCAAUGUUGCAAUGGCUGUGCAUUGAAACUGGAAAGGUUUUGGAUACAGCUGAAAAAGCUCAUGAUGGUGACAUCACAUGCAUGUCCUGGGCACCACAGAGUAUUCAAACAGGUGAUAGAAGGGUUGAUGUUUUGGCGACUGCCAGUGUUGAUAAAAAAGUGAAGCUUUGGGCAGCCCCAGCACUCCAAACCUCAUAGAUAAGUUAAUACGGUAAACUGAUAUUCAGCAUCAGAACAAAGAAAAUCUUGCUCCAACGAAUAUGCUUUGCCAUUUGAGAUGCAAUAUGGGGUUCUAACUUAUCUCCAAGCUGGUGGAUAACCAAAAGUAGCAGCUGUUGCUCUCCACCAAGAGCCUCAGGGUGUCAUAUGGAACGUCCUGACAGCAUCCGGACCUACAGAUCAUACUUCAACAUCGUUUGUCUUUAUUUGAAAAUUUUGCCAAUAAAUUUAGCCUAAUACAGGAUCAAGCAAGAAGAGUUUGUUGUAGUUCUUCUGUUUAUUUGUCUUUUCUUUGGGGGGAUUGUGAGAAGGUUGUGCUUGCGAUGGUGACUGAACUGCGAGGUGAUGACAAUCUAAUCUAUCUGAGCCACACCGAUCUGGUCGGCUGAAUGAAGUGCUUUCUCCUUU